AAGCAUUAAAUUAUAUAUUCGCAUCUUCCAUAUCUUCUGCACCCUUGAACUUCGUAAUUCAGCCAUGGCUUCUUCUGGGAACAACAUCCUCCUAACUUUCCUUCUGGUUCUCACAGUGUCAAGCAUGAUGAUGAGUUCAGCUGUGGUAGCAGCUCGUCAUCUUCUCCAAACGACACAGCCUUCGAUACCAAACAUGCCUGGGAUUCCAAGUAACCUGCCUAAGCCAACAGGAUUACCACCUUUGCCUUCAAUCCCAAUAACAAUGCCUCAGCCAAACAAUGUUCCUCCUUUGCCCACAAACAUUCCGAAUCUUCCUUCCAUGCCUACCAUUCCGACAGUGCCGCAGGUUUCUCUUCCUCCAUUGCCAUCCUUAAACUCCUUCCCAAACAUUCCCUCAAUUCCCACCAUCCCUGGCACUAUGCCCUCCAUCCCAUUCCUCUCUCCUCCUCCUUCUAAUUAAUCUCAGAAAACAGUAACUUGUUGUCCAUCCACUGCUAGUUUCUUGAUGGGGUCCUUAGCACUCAUGUAAUUCAUUUGUAUUGGCUUAAAUUGUUUUCUUGUAUUUCCGCUUGGAGGAUAUAGUUUUAUGUCACUAUAUAUAUGUCAUUUGUUUUUAUUGUUUUUUUCGGUUUUGUGUGAAGCUUAUGUUAUGGGAAUCAUAUGUAGAUUAUUGGUUAUUAUACAAUAAUAAUGCAGUUGCUAUGA